AUGGACGAGCGAGAACAGGUGAGGGCCGGGCUCCGGAACCUGCUGGGCGUAGAGGACAACAGGAUGGCCCAGAAGCUGCAGGAGCAGUGCGAGGUCGCCACGGACAUGAAGCGCUGCAUGGCCGAUGUGGAGGUGAAGUACAAAGUCGUCAAAGAGGAGCUGGCCGAGAAGGCCCAGGAGGUGGACGAGCUCCGGGCGCUGCUGCGCACCUCGGCGGCCGAGCUGGAGGAGACGAGGGCCACCGUCGCAUCCCUGCAGGCGAAGGGCGCAGAGCACUGGGCCGACAAGAAGGCCAUCGAGGCGGAGCGCGACCACGCCCUGCGGCAGGCGGAGAUGGCGAAGAAGCAGGCGCAGGCGGCAGAGCUGAAGGUGGAGGUGGAGCUGAAGAGCGCAAGGGCCGAGAUCGAGCGCGAGCGGGAGGCGAGGAAGAAGGCAGAGCUCCAGGCGAAGGCCGCGCAGCACGACCCCACUGCGGCCAAGCAGAAGGGCGAGAAAGUCCCGGCACCCUAG